CUUUUUCUGGUCAAUCAAAACUUAUUGUAAGGUACUAGAAAUUAGUAUUGAGAUUAGAUUUUUUGGUUCUUGUGCUAAGAAUUUCUGUAUGCUAGUCUUCAUUAAAAAAAUUUAAUUAUGAGGAAUUUAGAAACAAAAUAACCCAGGAUUAUGUCAUAUUUCAGAUUUUUUUUGGCUAUCAUACUCGUGGUUAUAGUUUAUUGUAAGGCAAGGACACGGAGGGUUCCAAAUGUCUCAGGAUAUGGUACCUUCUCAGUGUUGAUAUAUAUGACUAUAUAGAGAGAGUAUUGCCAACCAAGCAAGUUGACCCAAGUCUCCAUGUGCAGAAAUUUUAUUAGGGCUGCAUUAGAUAAGCAUGACUGAUUGAUUGCCUACCUAGUAGAAACUCAGCCCCAGGUUGGCAGAUACAUGAUACAAAUUUCCCACUCUGAAAUCACUUGAUUGGCAUUUCUGGUGUGACCAGUUUCUACCCUACAUAUUUCAGAUUUUUUAAUGUUAAAAACAAUGAAAUCAUUAAAUUUUAAAUUUCUCAAUCAAUAUUUACUUCCAAUAUUUUAGACAAAAUAUUAAUAUAUGGGCUGGGGUUGUGGCUCAGUGGUAGAGUGCUCGCCUAGCACAUGCAAGGCCCUGGGUUUGAUUCUCAGCACCACAUACAAAUAAAUAAAGUAAAGGUAUUAUAUCCAUGUACAAUUAAAAAAAUUUAAAAAUAUAUAUUAAUAUAUUUUCACUCUCCAAAUAAAAGAUUCCCUAACAAACACACAUACAUAUAGUUUCCUAAAUUGUGCUUUUUAGGCUUUUACUUCUUAUAUGCAGCAACUCUUGGAUGCUAAUUAAAUUAUUUCCAUAUGUUUUUAUUUUCUUUUUGGUUGGUUAAAGGUUUUUACAAGAUAUUCUUACUAUAGCAUGAUUCUGGUAGUCUUCAUGCUACUUGUUGUUCCAAUUAAUUAAAACAGUUUAAAGCAUAAAUUAUUUAAAUCUUAUUUUAACCAUAAUUUUGUAGCUAAAUUUUUUUCCCCAAAACUUUGCAAACAUUCUGUGCAAACUUAAUUAAUGCUGAGGAAAAAGGAUUUUAAUAGUUGCCCAAUGUUCUUCAAAAGACAAAAAGAAUAAUGAAACAUGCUCAUCUGAACUCCACCCAUUUUUCAAUUUCAACAUAGUAAAUCUCCUGUUUUUUCUUAGGGCAUAUUCAAAAGCAUACAUAUUGGUAUUGGUUAUUACUGAAGAUAAUUUACGCAAUCAUAAGUCAAAGAUGCUAAGUUGACAAAAAGAAAACCAUGCAAGUAAGCAAACCCUAACAUCUGAGAGGCACACCCUCUCAGUAUAUAAAGGCUUGCCACUGUCCUUGGUAGCAGGCACUCCCUGAGCUCAACAGCAUCAACAUGUCUGUUCGAUACAGCUCAAGCAAGCAGUACUCUUCCUCCCGCAGUGGGGGAGGAGGUGGAGGAGGAUCAUCCCUCAGAAUUUCAAGCAGCAAAGGCUCCCUUGGUGGAGGAUAUAGCUCAGGGGGCUUCAGUGGUGGCUCUUUUAGCCGUGGGAGCUCUGGUGGAGGCUGUUUUGGGGGCUCUUCAGAUGGCUUUGGAGGAAUAGGAGGAGGUUAUGGUGGAGGUAGCUUUGGUGGAGGCUUCGGAAGCAGCAGCUUUGGUGGGGGCUAUGGAAGUGGGGGCUAUGGAGGAGGCAGCUUUGGAGGUGGCAGUUUCGGUGGGGGCAGCUUUGGUGGAGGUGGCUAUGGAGGAGGCUUUGGUGGUGGAUUUGGAGGAGAUGGUGGCCUUCUCUCUGGAAAUGAAAAAGUAACCAUGCAGAAUCUGAAUGACCGGCUGGCUUCCUACCUUGACAAAGUUCGGGCUCUGGAAGAAUCAAACUAUGAGCUGGAAGGUAAAAUCAAGGAGUGGUAUGAAAAGCAUGGCAACUCAAGCCAGUGGGAGCCUCGGGACUACAGCAAAUACUACCAAACCAUUGAAGAACUGAAAAAUCAGAUCCUCAACCUAACAACGGACAACGCCAACGUCCUGCUUCAGAUUGACAAUGCCAGGCUGGCAGCUGAUGACUUCAGAAUGAAGUAUGAGAAUGAGGUAACCCUGCGACAAAGCGUGGAGGCCGACAUCAACGGCCUGCACAGGGUGCUGGACGAGCUGACCCUCACCAAGGCUGAUCUGGAGAUGCAGAUCGAGAGCCUGACUGAAGAGCUGCAGUACCUGAAGAAGAACCAUGAAGAGGAAAUGAGAGACCUUCAGAACGUAUCUACUGGUGACGUGAAUGUGGAAAUGAAUGCUGCCCCAGGUGUUGAUCUGACUGAACUUCUGAAUAACAUGAGAAGCCAAUAUGAGCAACUUGCUGAAAAGAACAGAAAGGAUGCUGAAGCCUGGUUCAAUGAAAAGAGCAAGGAACUGACUGCAGAAAUCGAUAACAUUGAACAAAUGUCCAGCCACAAAUCCGAAAUUACUGAAUUGAGACGCACGGUUCAAGGUCUAGAGAUUGAACUACAGUCCCAACUGGCCCUGAAACAUUCCCUGGAAGCCUCCUUGGCAGAAACGGAAGGUCGCUACUGUGUGCAGCUCUCACAGAUUCAGGGCCAGAUCACCUCCCUGAAGGAACAGCUGCAACAGAUUAGAGCUGAAACCGAGUGCCAGAACGCUGAAUACCAACAACUCCUGGAUAUUAAGAUCUGACUGGAGAAUGAAAUUCAAACCUACCGCAGCCUGCUAGAAGGAGAGGGAAGUUCCAGAGGCGGAUCCUAUGGCGGCGGAUGCGGCGGGGGAAGUUCUGGCGGUGGCUACAGCGGCGGCAGCUACGGGGGCAGUUCCGGCGGCGGCCACGGCGGUAGCUUCGGUGGCGGCAGCUCCGGUGGAGGUGGUCACGGCGGCAGUUCCGGCGCCGGCGGCGGCGGCAGCUUUGGCGGUGGCAGCUCCGGCGGAGGCCAGAGCGGAAGCGGAGGCUUCAAAUCCUCCUCUUCCAGGUCCGCUGGAGAGGUCUCAUCUAAGGGACCAAGGUCAGCAGAAAAUCUCUGGGAUACUAACAAAACCAGAGUAAUCAAGACAAUUAUUGAAGAAGUGACACCUGAUGGUAGUGUUCUUUCAUCUAUGGUUGAAUCAGAAACCAAGAAGCACUACUAAUAAGUAGCAUCAAGACGAAAGAGUCUCCCUUCGCACAGGCCAUUAUAUAACAGAUGCAUGGCAAAAUGUUCAACACUUCUGUCUUACUGGUCUGUGGAAACAGGUUCACUCCUUGAAAAUAAGGUGUCUAAAAGGUGUUUUGUGAUUUCUGUAGUUCUUCUUUUCACUUUGCCAGAAAGUGUUUUUUCAUGGAAAAAGAAAAAAGAAAACCUUUCUGUUCUCAUUUACUAAUGAAUUUCAAUAAACUUUCUUGCUGAUGCAAACUA